AUGGAGCCGAUACCGCGGACGAUUCGGUCGGAGGGCUCAAUCCCGGCCGAAAGUCUCCGGACUGCAUACGCCAAAGGGGUGAUGACCAUCGUCUAUAUCGCUGUCUUCCUUAUCGGCACACCUGGAAAUCUAUGGAUCAUCUUCAAACUCAUUCAAGCCAGGCUUCUAAGUACAGCUACAAUCGGGCUGAGCAUCUCACAACGAUCGAGGAUCUACAUCUUCGCCCUUGCCUGCUCCGAUCUCGUCCUAUUGCUCACUUUGCCACUCACUGCCAGUUACAAUUACAAAGGGAACUUGGAUCUUUGGAGAAUUUAUGUGCUACGCUCAUUUGACGAUAGAAAUUGUUGCCAAACUCUUCUCAAUCGUUCUGCUUACGGUGAUGAGCCUCGAGCGAUAUUUUAUAGUAUGCACAAGGCUGAGAACAGCAUGCGAUUCGUGGAUGACCAGUGUCCCGUUGGUGGUAGGCACGUUGUUCUGUGUGGUAGUGCCGUCUACUUUCCACUUUUUUCACAUCAUCCACCAUCAAUUCACCAUUCCAGGGAUGGAACACAUAACUGUUUGUAUACCAAAUAUGGACGAUCAUGUGUUCAAUAUGUACGCCCAAUACACAUUUGUCGUCGGAUUUGUGGUACCAUUCUUUCUGAUGACUGUCUGCUACAUACUGCUUGUUCGCCAUGUGAGAGCGAAAUUCAGAAACAGAAAAGGUGCGGUGAGGUUCAGCGAAAACCGCUCCGCGAGCCUCGAUACAUGCUUGAAAUGCGCAAGUCCAUCUGGCGGAUAGCAGUCUUCCAUUUCGUCUGCUGGGCACCAUUCUGGGCGUUUGCUAUCGUGCCGCACUACAUCGCUCAGCUAUGGGGCCACGCGUUUCUCGAGCGGUUUACCCGGCUG